GGCGGCCAAGUCCCUUUUGGGAGAUGUAGUUCCUCAAACGCGGUCGCCUCUUCUGUCGACCUGCGGACUCGAUUUCCCAGAGGGCCGAGUGCGGCGCAAGAUGGAGGUGGCAGGCCUGCUGAGAUCUGUCGCGGUGACGUCCCCGGCCGUGCAUAGGAGACGAAUUUGCCACCUACAGAUGAGCUGCCGAGCAGAGCUGUGCUGGCCACAGUCCUGGGACUGGCACCACUGAGGACCCUAGCUGUGAUUUGCCCACCCACGCCCCAGGUGGAGCGUUGCCUGGGGACACAUGGCUGAGGCGGGGGCAGGCGAGCAUCCCCCUGGCUUGGAGGUCGAGCAGGGAACAGAGUGUGACCCCCUGGCUUCCGACACCAUCUCUCUCAGCGACACGGACUCCGACCUCAGCCUGCCUGGUGGUGCUGAGGUGGAAGCUCUGUCCCCUGAGGGGCUUUCUGGGGAGGCCCAGUGGGACUCAGGCCCUGAUGAGCCCCUCUUGCCGCCAGAGGGCCUGCCCACAGCUGCCGUGCAGCCAUUCCAUCUUCGAGGCACAAAUCCUACAUUCUCCCAGCGCAGCCACAACAUCUUUGACUGCUUGGAGGGGGCAGUCAGGCGGGCUUCACCCUCUGUGUCCCACUCCAGCCUGGGUGACAGUGGGGGCUUUAAGCGGCCACUGGUGCCCUCAAGCCAGCCUCUAGCGGGGGGCCAGGCUAGGGGCAGUCAGAGUCCUGCCUCCCUGAGGGUGCCCCCCGUCCCUGACUAUGUGGCCCACCCUGAGCGCUGGACCAAAUACAGCCUGGGAAAUGUGCCUGAGGCCAGCGAGCAGAGCAACAGGGCUACUGCCCUGGCCUUUCUGAGCCCCCGGGGUCUGGCCGCCCCCAGUGACUGCACGCCCUCCUUCAACCAGAACCCCUCCAGCUGCGGGGAGGGGAGAGUCGUCUUCACCAGGCCGGCCCGAGCCAGCGGGGCCAGGCCCGAGAGGAAGAGAGCCCCAAGGAGGGUGGGAGAGCCAGGCCUGGGCGCCCCUGGGGACCAGGAGGUAGUGGAGGCCGAGGGUCCCGCGGAGCCGGCCCGCCCGGCCGGGCCCGGGCGCUCAGAGGCUGAGGAGGGGGCCGCCCACACCGGGCCAGCAGCGAGCCCCCCAGCGGUGGAGACUGUCGGCUUCCGAGGCAGCAAGAGGAGGAGGACAGGCCACUUCCGGCGCGGGAGCAGCGCACCGGCGGCCCCCGGGGCGGGGGUCUGAGGCGGGGCUGCCCGCCGGCCUUCCGGGCCGGGGCCACUGCGCAUCUGCCUUGGGAAAGGAGCCCGCGGGCUGCCCGUCGGUGGAGCAGAGACCUGGCCGGGGUGGGGCUGCCCGUCGGUGGAGCCAGUGACCUGGCCGGCGUGGGGCUGCCCGUCGGUGGAGCAGAGACCUGGCCCGCCAGGCGCUUGUGGGGUGACAGUAAAGGCCUUGAGUGUU